AGUAGCGUGCUGGUCGUAAGAGACCACUAGUAAUAAAAACAGAGUGCUGAUGGCGGCGAAUCGGAUCGUACCUUCCUUUCAACCACUGACAUGUAAAAACUGUGCCAUCCCCAGCAUUACUUCAAAAGACAGAGACUUUUGAAUAACGAACAAUCGGAUAUCGACAAGCUUCGAACGUUCAAUCAUACGGAACGAUUUGUGAAAUCGAUCCUUUGUGUAUUGGUUUUUCCCGCGUUAUUCAAUUUUCCGGCGGUUUUAGAGUCGGUUUCAAGUGUUGGAGUAGCUAGCAUUUUGUGGGAAAAUGGCGAUUCCUGCCCGCCUCUUUUUGUUGUUGGCGUUUUCGACUUAUAGCGUUGACUCUGCGAAAACAUUCAAUAUUGGCGCUAUGCUAUCGUCUACAGAUGCCAUAGGGGCUUUUCAAGAAGCUAUCGAGGCGGUGAAUGUCAACAACGAGACAUUUCCAGGAGUAAAGCUCAACGCCAGCUCGUUUAUUCUGAGCCAGAAUCCGAUUCGGUCUGCGUUGGAUGUGUGCGAGCAGCUUGUGGCGAAACAAGUGCAUAUUGUAAUAGUUAGUCACCCAAAUGGUACAACCGACCCACCGAUCUCCGUUUCGUACGCAUGCGGUUUUUAUCGAAUUCCUGUCAUUGGGAUUUCAGCCAGAGAAUCUAUAUUUUCCGACAAGACUAUCCACGAGUCGUUCCUGCGUACCAUCCCCCCGUAUUCUGACCAGGCAGACGUUUGGCUGCGUCUUCUCAAGUACUUUGAGUGGAAUAAAGUGAUUCUUCUGACCAGCAAUGAUCAGGACAGUCGCGCCAUAAUAACAAGGUUCUCCACGCUGGCCGAGAAGAGUGACAUCAAGAUUGAGAAGACGGUUAUGUUCCCCAGUGGAUCAGAAAAUGUCACUUCUUAUCUGCAACAGCUACAGAAGACACAGUCUCGAGUUAUUCUGUUCAGUGCGAGUCCGCAGGAUGCCAGUGUUGUGUAUUACAACGCCACGUCACUCAAGAUGACAGGAGAGGGCUAUAUUUGGAUUGUGACACAGCAAGCACUGUCAGGGGUGGCCAGGGAGAAUUUGCCGCAAGGGGUAAUCGGCAUCGAGCUUCUACACGGCAACAGCGAGAUUUCCCAGCUGAAAGACGCUACAAUCAUCUCGGCCACUGCCUUGCAAAACCUAGCUAAUGCGGGCAAAACCCUGACCACUCCGACCGCAAGCUGCAGAGAGACACAACAAUGGUCGAGCGGCCAGGAACUCUUCAACGCUCUCGUGAACGUGUCACUUCCACGUGGCACGACUGGACCUAUCGCCUUCAACAGCGACGGAGACCGGAAAAGCGCAGUCUACAGGCUAAUAAAUCGGAGACAAAGCUCUAGCGACGCGCUCGAUGUGGUUGGCUUAUAUGAGAAUGGACAUGUUUCAAUUAACGAGAGCAUUAUAUGGCCUGGAAACCUCAACACCACCCCCACGGGGGUUUUCCUGUCCAACCAUCUGCGGGUGGUGACGCUGGUCGGAGAGCCGUUUGUGUACGUGAAGCCGAUCCCCACAAGCGGUCGGUGCAGCGAUCUUGACACGAAUACGGCAAAGCAUGUGCUCUGCACGGGGACUGUCUCCGAUACUGACUCGGGUAGCGUGGAGGCCUCACCUGACCGACACUGUUGCUAUGGGUUCUGCAUGGACCUUCUGAUCAGGCUCGGAGAAAAGGUCAACUUCACAUACAGCGUCAGCCUGUCUGAGGACGGCAGCUACGGGUCACUCAGAAGGGUCAACGGGUCCGACACUAAGCAGUGGAAUGGCAUGGUCGGCGAGGUGAUCCAGGGAAAAGCCGACCUCAUCGUCGCCGCUCUGACCAUCAACAACGAGCGCGCAGAAUGGAUCGAAUUUUCCAAACCUUUCAAGUACCAGGGUCUCACUAUUUUAGUCAAAAAGAACGAACAGAGCAACAGCCUGGACUCCUUCCUGCGUCCGUUCCAGAUCCACCUGUGGCUCCUCGUGCUCCUCUCCGUGCAUAUCGUCGCCGUCAUCCUGUACCUGCUAGACCGGUUUAGCCCGUUUGGUCGGUUCAAGCUUGCGAGAAAAGAAAAAGAGGAGACUGCACUCAACUUGUCUAGCGCGAUGUGGUUUAGUUGGGGCGUUUUGUUGAAUAGUGGAAUCGGAGAAGGCACCCCGCGGAGCUUCAGUGCGCGCGUGCUUGGGAUGGUCUGGGCCGGCUUUGCUAUGAUAAUCGUUGCAAGCUACACCGCGAACCUCGCCGCCUUCCUCGUCCUCGAUCGACCUAAAGCUGUGGUCAGCGGUAUCGACGAUCCAAAUUUGCGGAACCCAUCCAAGCAGUUCAUCUACGCGACGGUGGCCAACAGUAGCGUGGAUGCGUACUUCAGGCGGCAAGUAGAGCUCUCUUCCAUGUAUACAUUCAUGGAGGGGUACAAUGUCAAGACGGCAAAGGAAGGCAUCGAGAAGGUCAAAAACGGCGAAUUGAAGGCGUUUAUCUGGGACUCCCCGGUACUUUACUAUGAAGCAUCUAAGGACUGCACACUGACUACUGCUGGAGAGCUUUUUGGCCGUUCUGGGUACGGCAUCGGCAUGCCAAAGGGUUCACCAUGGAGUAACGCAAUCUCUCUCGCAAUCCUCAACUUCCACGAGAGCGGAGUGAUGGAAGAGCUCGAAACGACUUGGAUAGACGCGUCUAAAUGCAACACGGAGAACACUUCACCGGCCACACUAGGGCUACAACACAUGUUGGGUGUAUUCAUUAUGGUUGCGGCAGGUAUCGGAGCCGGUAUCGUGAUUAUCAUCCUUGAGAUUCUUUAUCAUAAACACCGCGGCUGGAAAGAGGAGCAGAAGGAACUCGCUAAGAAAACAACCGACAAAUGGCGCGCGAAUAUCCUCAUGAUGAAGAAAGACCGCUCCAACCACCAGCCGAACGGCAUGAUGGGAGAUGGUCGUAACGGCGAUGGUAACGGCAUAGCGCGACGUAACCCCAUAUACAACCCAGAAAACAACCUGGAGAGCGCGUUUACUUACAGUUAAAGGGUCACUUAACUGUGACCCCCACACAAGGUGAAGGAUGGCAUAAAGACAUAUAGUGGAAAUGAUAAGAGGAUGCCUCUAACAAUUAUAGCCACGUUUUAAAAUAGUGUACAUUACAGCUAGUGGUCACUUUUACCAGGUUAAUAAUGCCUUUCAGUUUAUAUAGAGAGAGGGUUUGAUAAAGAUGCCUCUAAUAAUUAUAGCCACGUUACAGCUUGAGGUCACUUUAGCAAGGUAAUAAUGCCUUUUUUAUAGGCAUAAACUUAAGAGUUUAUAUAGAGAGAAGGUUUGGAGGGGAAUCCUCUGACCAUUAUAGCCACGUUUUAGAGGGUGUAUAUUGCAGCUAGUAGUCACUUAAGCCCUGUUAAUAAUGCCUUAACUAUUAUAGCCUUGUUCUAGAGGGCGUCAUUAUGGCUUGAGGUCACUAUAGCCAGGUUAAUAAUAGAAUUAUAUAAAAGAGAGGAUUUGGAAGGGAUCCCUCUAACAAUAAUAGCCACGUUCUAGAGGGUGUACAUAUUACAGAUAGUGGUCACUUUUACCAGGUUAAUAAUGUCUUACCAGGUUAAUAAUGCCUUUAAGUUUAUAUACUGUGUGCACAGCGGUCAUGUUAUAGAGAUUAUGGUUCAAAAGCAUCUAAUCAUUAUGGGCACGUUCUAGAGAAUGUAGAUGAUUGAAAGGGGUCACUUUAGCCAGGUCUAGAUUCCAUCUGCCCUUAUAUAUUGUCUUUAUAAUGUUCAUGUCAUAGAGGGUAUGGUUUGCAUGUUGAGGAAGCCUUACGCAUAUUGUCUGUGUUAUAGAGGGGAUGUAUAAUAUAAAUAGUGGAUUAGUAUCUUACAUUUACCGCAUCGGGUUCGUGUUACAGAGGGUGUUUUAUUGAUCUGCUGAUUCAGCUAUACUUGGCCGGUCAUGAGAGUAUAGUCGUUAUGUGCUAUAGGGAAUUUAGAUUUACCUGCCAUAGAAAUAAAUCAGAAAAUCUAA